GUAUACACUAUAUAACAUAGCAUUUCCCUGCAGCCAUUUUAUUUCAUCCGUACAACUCAUCUAAAGAAAUCAUCCGAUGAGUUCUUUAGCGCAGGUCUAAGCCUUUUUUUCUCUCUUAUCCGACUAUUUCGGUGGUAUGGCGAAAGGUUCCUGUUCUCCGGUGAAAGAAGUGCGGCGGACCAGAGGAUGUCAAACCAUCCGAUUGUUGACGGUGGCUGAGAGCAGAUCGAUGGAUCUCAAACCAUGACCUACUAAAAUCUCGGAAUUUGGAUGGCUGCAAUGGACCGUGUAAACUUGAUGUUUUGGCAUGGAGGUUUGUUUAUGAAGAAAAAUGAUAAAUUACUUUAUUUGAAUGGUGAGAGUAAAUCUUUUGACGUUGAUCCUGAUGAACUAUGUUGGUUUUGGUUGGAGGAGUUGGCAAAGAAAUGUGGUAGUUACACCAUCAUUGAAGAAAUAUAUUAUUUGGUUCCUGGUCUUCCCUUGGAUAACGGGUUAAGGAGAGUAUAUAAUGAUAGAGAGGUACUACAAAUGAGUGAGAUAGUGCUGAAAGCUAGAUCACUGGAGCUGUAUGUAGUACAUGGGCUUGAUCAAGAAGAACGUGUGGCGAUGUCACCUUCAAUUCAGAACAAAGAAGCUUCUAGAGAAUCUCCAAAUCAAAACCAAGUGGCUGGCUGCAGCAUUUUAGAUGAUGUGGUUUAACACUAAAGUGUGGUUGUAAUUUUUGGCCAGUUUAUGUAGUUACCACUUGUUGUUAUCAAUCUAAAUUGUUCUCUUUAUUUAAGUCUUUAAUAAUGGUAUUAGUAGUUCAUAUAUUUACUUGGCA